UCAAGACUGAAAAAGAGGAGGACUUCUUAAUGACCCACAGGAUGGCCAGCUGCCAGCCCGGACUGCCGGCAGUGGCCAGAAUUGCACUGUAGCUCUGAACCCACAGCUGCUCAGCGCCUGGCCCAUGAGAAUUUGAGCUGGAGAGCCGGCAUGACCUGGUAAGUGGAAGUCCUGCCACUUCCAGACAUGGAGCCCUCUUUCUCAUUCGGAGUGAUCCUUGCUGUGCUGGCCUCCCUCAUCAUUGCUGCCAAUGCACUAGUGGCCCUGGCUGUGCUGCUGUUGAUCCACAGGAGUGACGGUGUCGGUCUCUGCUUCACCUUGAAUCUGGCUGUGGCUGACACCUUGAUUGGCGUGGCCAUCUCUGGCCUGGUCUCAGACCAGGUCUCCAACUCUGCUCGGUCCACACAGAAGACGUUGUGCAGCCUUCGGAUGGCAUUUGUCACUUCCUCUGCAGCUGCCUCUGUCCUCACGGUCAUGCUGAUUGCCUUUGACAGGUACCUUGCCAUCAAGCAGCCCCUCCGCUACUUCCAGAUCAUGAGUGGGCUCGUGGCUGGGGCAUGCAUUGCCGGGCUGUGGCUGUUGUCUUACUUCAUUGGCUUCCUCCCACUCGGAGUCCCCGUAUUCCAGCAGACCACCUACCAGGGGCCCUGCAGCUUCUUUGCUGUGUUUCACCCUCGCUUCGUGCUGACCCUCUUCUGCGUUGGCUUCUUCCCAGCCCAGCUCCUCUUUGUCUUCUUCUACUGUGACAUGCUCAAGGUUGCCUUCAUGCACAGCCAGCAAAUCCGAAAGAUGGAACAUGCAGGAGCCAUGGCUGGAGCUUACCGGCCUCCAAGGACUCCCAGUGACUUCAAGGCCGUCCGCACUGUGUCUGUUCUCAUUGGGAGCUUCACUCUGUCCUGGGCUCCCUUCUUCAUCACUGGCAUCGUGCAAGUGGCCUGCCAGGAGUGCCAGCUCUACCUAGCACUGGAACGGUACCUGUGGCUGCUUGGUGUGGGCAACUCCUUGCUCAACCCACUCAUCUAUGCCUAUUGGCAGAAGGAAGUGCGACAGCAGCUCUACCAGAUGGCCCUGGGAGUGAAGAAGGGGCUCACUGCAUUCCUCUUCCUCCUUGUCUCAGCCAAGAAUGGAGGCCCAGAAAGGCCCAGAGAAACUUCUUGUCACAUCGUCACUAUCUCCCACUCAGAGCUUGAUGGCUAAGAUGGUAAGGGCAUUAGAAGUUUCAAAGUGCCUCUCCCCUCUCCCCUCUGGGACUCAAGGAGGAGAUCGGAUGGAGCCAAGGGGAAUGAGAGAGCACUCGCUUCAGGCAAUCUGCCAGCCCACUUCCCCGCCCUGCAUCCCCUGACCCUCAGCCUGAGGGGCAACUGAGGUAGGGUCCUAACCUUCUUGCCCCAUCCCUUUCCCCACUGCAAAUCGCCACUGCUCCCUGUCCUUUUUGAAAUUGCCCUGUAUCUCCUGUGCAGGUACACUUAUCUAAAGCAAGAAAUGUACUGCUAAAAAAAUGCUAUAUACCAAAUCCUAUUCUGAUAAAAACACGGCAGCACCGCGCAGCAGAAAUUAUAAUGCAAGCCACAGGCAUAAUUUCAAAUGUUCUCGUAGUCAUGUUAAAAAGGUAAAAAGAAACAGUGAAAAGUAAUGCUUUAUUAACCCUAUAUAUAUGUACAAAAUAUUACUUUAACAUGUAAUCAAAAUUAUUAGUGUUGUUCAUACCAAGUCUUUGAAAUGUGAUGUAUAUUUUACCUUACAGAAUAUUUCAAUUUAAACUAAGCAUAUUUUAAAUGCUUGAUAGCCAUAUGUGGCUAGUGGCUACCAUACUGGACAGCACAGCACUAGAGAAGUAAGGUUCUGUUCUUCAGUGUUUACUAUUGUGAUUUACUCAAGUAAUUGCUUUGGUAAAAUGAAGGGCUCCUGUACCUCCUGCC